CUGAUCACAGCUUCGAGGCGCCUGGCGGAUGCUCCGCAGCCACUUACCCCUCCGAACAGAUUCGUGACACGAAGAAUCAUACGAGCUACAGACCUGAAUACAUCUCGGCAGCUGUAUCCGUUGCCUAACAUGCAUUUAGUGUUUCUUCUAGGGUCUGGGACCGUGGAGCGCAACAUCGCUGAAUUUAGGAGGGCGACGUGAGAGCAGCUUGACCCGACGCUUCGUUUUGGAAACAUCGCUAAGGACCCUGAGGGAAGGCAUGAGCUGGUGGCUUCUGAUCCUUUUCCUGCCCCAGGCCACACAGGGGCAUGGUGAGGCGGCCAGGGACAUCAGCGCCGGAGAUGUGUCUUCGCUCCGCAACAGACCCCACAUCCAUUACUGCCGCUCACCCAACAUGGAGACCUUCACUUGCUGGUGGCAUCUCCCUGACAACACUUCACAGAACGAUGGCAAUGUCAAUUUCACCUUGACCUACACUGUGGGGAAGGGGCCCCGGUGCGAGUGCCCGGACUAUGUGACGGGCGGCCCCAACAGUUGCUACUUUGACAGUCAGCACACGCAGGUGUGGGAGGUUUACUGCAUGUCCGUUACAGCCCAGGGUGACGGGGGCAGUCUGACCUCCGAGGAGUACUGUCUGGACGUUGCAGACAUUGUGGAGACAGACCCCCCGCUGAACCUCACUUACCAGCAGGGAAAUUGUGUGGAGGAGCUGGGUUGCGCUGUGGCUGUAUCCUGGCAGUACCCCAUGACUGUGGACGUGCAGAUGGGCUGGGUCACACUCGUCUACGAGCUGCAGUACCGCCGCAAGUCGGAACCGGACACCUGGAAGGUGAAGGGGGGGCUGCGUGAGUCUCAUCUGGAGCUGCUGGGCCUGCCUGUGGGGAGUUAUGUGAUGAGGGUGCGUUGCAAAUCUCGCAAUGCCAGGCUGUGGAGCAAGUGGAGCCCCACCCUCACUGUGUACAUCCCUCCCAAAUUGGGAACAGCUGUCCCAGAUAAGAAGCUGGUGGGGGUCCUGGUGACGGGGGUUGGUAUGAUGGCUCUGCUCAUCAUCAGCAUCGGAGUCAUUCCUCAGAGCAAGAGGUUAAAAGCCUUCCUUCUGCCCCCCAUCCCCAAGCCACGGAUCAGGGGCAUCGAUUCUGCACUUCUGAAGAAUGGCAAAAUAGAUGAGAUCAACCACCUAUUCAGCUCAUUCCAAGGGUACACACCUGGCCAGUACAGCGAGGAAGCUCUGCUUCAGCUCAGUGUGGAUGAAGACCUUACCUUCAUGGGGAGUCCUGUAGCCCAGUCAAGCAACACCAAAGGGGAAGUCACACCUAUAAGUCAAGGACCUGGCUUUCUAGGAGGCCAGGGGCUUCUUGAGAAGCCAGUGGGACCUGCUCUGUAUAGCCUAUGUCCUGGACCCUGUAUACAAGGCUCUGCCCCCAGCCAGUUGGAAUCUCCCAGCAGCCCCGUGGUAAAGAUGUCUGUCUGGGCUCAGCCUCCUCUUGGCACUGCACACACUGAGUUUCUCACUUUCCCAGCUCUGGGCUACAGCGUAGCACUGGGCCCGGCACCAGUUCAGCCUGCCAAUCAAGACUUUUACACCUGUGUGAAUGGAAUUGGCACUAGAGGGGCAGUUCACCUGGUGCCAUGCCUCCCUGAUCACCUAAAACAUGUAUCCUGCCCGCAGCUUGGGAGCUCAGUUGAUACAGUCACAAAGAGCCUGGCAGAGGGCGGGAGUCAGCUGGCUGCAAACAAUGGCCAGGGGGAGCAGGGCGGGCUGGUAGCUAGCCAAGGGGGCGUGUCAGCUAGGGCGGGGCUAGACACUUACACAACCCUGGAUGACCUCAGUAUAGGUAAAGAGCUUGGUGUGAGCACAGCCUCCAGCCAAUGAGAACCACCCUGGUCCCUGUCCCUAUAAGUAGAGAGAGCUACAACAAGGUGCAGCCCAGGCCAAGUUAACCCUGCUUCAGGGGAUGUCUUAAUGCUGAGAUCAAGAUUAACUCGGUGUGCCUGCGAGUAGUCACUGUGAAUUGAAGAGUUUCAUUCAUGGCCUUCACAGAGGACAAUCUAAUCAGCCGUGAUGUGGAUAUGAAGUUUAAUAUUCUGUUCUGACUUGGAAAAAUACGGCCUGUGUUAAUGAACCAUAAGGAAAAGUGAGGAACUAAGACCAUGAUUUAUUUCAAGAAGAAUCCACAGUCUGUGCCCUUCUCUGAACAAUUGGUGACGUGAUUGUUUAGUUUUUCUUAAUGGACUUCUAGCAUCUUUCCCGAAAAGACACAGCUAUAUGUUAUUCUGUUAGUGUCCAAAGCGCUUGGCUCUUGGGGAGAGACGGCUGACAGAGGACACACACCUGUGAAGGGCUCAAACAUUGGUGUCUCCUGUUCUUAUUAUAAAGAAAAACACUAAACAAGCAAAAAUGCUGUGUACAUCCCAAUUGACACAUACUACAACUGCAUUGGUUAUCUGCCUAUAAUAUGGAUCAGAUGACAUGAACGUCAGGGAGAGCACACAGCAUGUAAUUCACGCAAAAGUUUCUGUAUCGGGGUUCCUGAUAUACAGUCAGGUCCAUAAAUAUUGGGACAUCGACACAAUUCUAAUCUUUUUGGCUCUAUACACCACCUCAAUGGAUUUGAAAUGGAAUGAACAAGAUGUGCUUUAACUGCAGACUUUCAGCUUUAAUUUGAGGGUAUUUACAUACAAAUCAGGUGAACGGUGUGGGAAUUACAGCCGUUUGUAUAUCUGCCACCCACUUUUUAAGGGACCAAAAG